CAAUCUGAAGGAAAGUCGAUUGGAUGCGGUGGUCGAUUGCGACUGCGAUUUCGUCGACGGCUAAGGGGUUUCUUCAUCGCCAUUUCCUGAAGAACGGUACUGCUCCUUCCUUUAGACUUUGCGGUUUCCGUUUCUGGGUUCGAGCCUUUUCUAGUGCUAGUCAUUACCGAGAGAUAUUGAGAAGUGGGCUUCAUGAUAUUAAGUGUGAAGAUGCAUAUAGUUUGUUCGUUGACAUGGUUCGGUCUCGUCCCCUCCCUUCCAUUGUCGAAUUCAAUAAAGUAUUGACUGCUAUUGCCAAGAUGAAGAAGUAUAAUGCUGUGAUUUAUCUCUGGAAUUUUGUGGAAUUUGAGGAAGAUUUGGAACUUUCACCUGAUCUCUAUACCUGCAAUAUUUUGGUGAAUUGUUACUGCCGCUGCUCUCAGCCCUUUUUGGCUUUGUCUUAUCUUGGGAAAAUGAUGAAACUUGGGAUUGAGCCUGACGUGGUAACAGAUAGCUCGCUGGUCAAUGGAUUCUGCGACAUGAAUAGAAUUGAAGAUGCCCUUUAUGUGGUUGAACAAAUGGAGAAAAUGGGAAUCACUGCUAAUGUUGUAGUCUACACCAUACUCAUUGAUAGUCUUUGCAAAAAAAGACAUCUUGUUGCCGCUCUGCAGCUUUUGGAGCGUAUGGGAAACAACGGGAUUACACCGAAUGUUGUUACCUACAGCUCUCUCAUAAGCGGCCUUUGUAGCUCAGGUAAACUGAGUGAAGCCUCUCACCUACUGCGAGAAAUGACCUCCAAGCAAAUCAACCCGAACGUAGUCGCUUUCACCGCACUAAUCCAUGCGUAUGUGAAAGUUGGGAAGUUUAAAGAAGCUCAAGUUGUGUACAGUGAGAUGGUCGAAAUGUCUAUAAAUCCUAAUGUUUACACUUACACUUCACUCAUCAAUGGGAAUUGCAUGUACAAUCGUGUAGAUACGGCCAGAAAUAUUCUUGAGAAGAUGAGAAGAGUGGGGUGCGACCCAAAUGUUGUGACUUACUGUACUCUUGCAAAUGGAUUUUUCAAGGCCAACAGGGUUCAGGAAGGGAUUAACCUUUUGCACGAGAUGUCUCAAGAAAAAGUGGCUGCAAACACAGUCUCUUGCAACACUCUUAUCCAGGGGUAUCUUCAAGCAGGCAAUAUCGAUCUUGCCCUAGAGUGUUUUUUCACAAAGAUGCCUUCUCCUCCCAAUAUUAGGAGCUACAACAUUUUGUUAGCUGGUCUAUUUGUUAAUGGGGAGGUAGAGAAAGCAUUGUUUAUAUUUAAGGAUAUGCAAGAGACUAGAAAUGAUCUUGAUAUUAUUACCUAUACUAUCAUGAUUCAUGGGAUGUGCAAGGCUUGUAUGGUGGAUGAAGCGUAUGAUUUGUUCUGUAGCCUCACCCCCAACGGAGUGGAGCUUGAUCAUAGAGCAUACACGGCAAUGAUCUCUGGAUUGACCAGGAGCGGCAUGCGGGCUAGAGCGAAUGCCGUGAUGCGAUCUUUCGGGAAACAAGCGUAACAGAUGAAGUAUCUUAGCAGAUUUCUAAUGAGAGACAUUUACGGACUCGGAGCUCCUAUGAUAUCUCUCUCCACGCUCCCUCUUAUGGGAUGCCUGCUCCUGGAAAGAGCAAUACUGUAUUAAAGAAUACAACAAUGUGGCCAGAGAAUUCAAAAACCUAGCUGAACAGAAUCCAGCUGGUGUUUUCAAGUCCAUGCAGCAUGGUCUUUGAAAUCAAAAAGAUUCCUGAAGCAUUUGGUUAGUUAUGUUUCCAAAGUGCAAUGGGAUAUGAGGAGAUCAGCUCCUUGGCUGAUAGAAAUGAAGCCUUUCACAUGUUCAGAUGGAAGCAAAAUAUGUAUUUUGGGACUUAUCAUUCAUCAUUCAAGCCAUAGCUCAGACAGAUUGCUUUACAUCCUACAUUCUUUCGUUGUACUAAUUAUUUUUCUGUGUUGUUAUCUUACAA